AUGAAUGAAGCGAGACGCCAACAGAUCGCAGUCGCUCUUCGCCAGUACCGUGAAAAGGUAUUACAGCACAAUUCAUUCUUGCUCCGUACUCUAGUAGAGAAGGUGGAAGCCCAGCCUGCUCCGUGGAACUGUCCAGAAUCGGUCGCACAGAGACUACGAAUGCAAGCCAUCCAAGAACUCGUAGGAGUUCCUGAGUCUAUCACAUCGCCACGAGAUGUCCUUGAUGCAAGCAUUGCAGAGAGGGGUGUGGAGGUUGCCGAAUUCCCCCCCUCAGACUUGGAGUACCUCUGCACACUCGUUAGUGGCAUCACAGGUCCGGGAUUGCCAUUUCAUCGAGAAGCAUCUCAUUUCGACUUCAUCACCCCUCUCCAGCGCGAAAAGAUGAAGGACAUGAUGGAGGCUGUCUGUGUGCCAAUACGGAAUGAUACAGGAUACGGGGAACACAACCAACUCACGUGGAUCUGGGAAGAAUGGGAAAUUGCCAUAGCAUUCAAGAUUGGUGGUGGUCCCCGCAGUUGGGGUGGCUCAUACGCGAUAUACUGCCGGAAUGAGGACAAGGAGCAGUGGAAAUGGAGAUAUGGAGUUCAUGAUGAAGACUGGUACAGCGAUGUCUAUGAGGAUGUGGAGGAAUUUCUUGGCUUCUAUGCUUUUUUUAAUGAGCAAACUGAGGAAGAGCUUGAGGAUGACAUAACUAGCUUGUCAGCACUAGUAGGAUUUUAG